AUCAUGGCAUCCUCCUUUUCAAUCAUCUUGGCAUUUGCACUUUUAGUUGAGUUUACUACUCACUCAGCCAUGGCUUUUCCCAAAGGCAAGCUGGAUGAAGAUAGAAUAGCUCAAGACCUGUCAAAUGCAGGAGAAGAUGAUGUGAGUGAAUUGGGGCCUGGACUGCUCUCCCUACGAAGAUACCCGGUCAUAGAGGGCAGACUGGCCGACGAAGACGGAACCAAACGAAUCUUCAUACUAGCUAACACAGGGAUAAAGGGGUCUACUGGUAGGGAGGCCAACUUUGCCUUCCCAAGAGCCUUCCCUGUGCUGCCUCUCCGUGAAAUGGAUCAUGCUCUGGAUGAAUUCAGUGUGAGAGAUGAGCGACGUAGCACAGGUGAUGUGGACAGGAAGAACAUAGACCUGCUAAGGUGCAUGAUCGGGAGAGUAUAUAGGCCAUGCUGGCAAGCUUGA